CUUCCCGUUGGGAGUUGAGACACUCAGGCGUGGACGGGGGCGUGGACGGGGGCGUGGGAGACGCAAACGGCACAUUAUGGAGGACUUGCGGAACGCUAUAAAUCAUUCUUCCCCCGCUCAAAGAGUAAAGAACGAAGCUAGCAUCUGCUCAGGCAGUCAACCAUUUAUCGACACUUCUCAAGUUCCGCUUGCACACUAUCAACUUUCCCCUAUUUUUAAUACCCAUUGACCCUUGAGAGCAAUGGCACUCCGAGUCUGGCAUAUCAGUGGCGCCAACACCGGAUUCGGUUUGGAGCUGGCUUUCAAGGCUCUCAAAGAAGGCGACCAAGUCAUCGCCGCGGUCCGUUCACCGUCCAAGAUCCCGGACAACCUCAGGGUAGAUGGCGUCAAAGUCCUACAAUACGACCUCUCCUUCUCCCAGGAAGAGAUGAACACCUACGCCAAAAAGGCAUUUGCCGCCUUUGGCCGAGUGGACGUCCUCGUCAACAACGCCGGUUACGCUUACAUGGGCGCCAUCGAGGAAACCGAAGACGCCAUGGUCAAAACCCAAUUCGACAUCAACGUCUUCGGCAUCCUGCGCACCAUCCGGGCCUUCCUCCCGCACCUGCGCGCGCAACCAACCCCCACCACAACCCAUCCCCAACCAACCCAACCCCAAGCCAACCCCUCCGCCUACAUCCUCAACGUCUCCUCCAUCGGCGGCCUGCGCGGCUACCCGUCCAACGGCGUCUACUGCGCGACCAAGUUCGCGCUCGAAGGGCUCACGCAGGCGCUCGCGCUCGAGAUCGCCCCCUUCGGCCUGCACGCCGCCGUCGUCGAGCCGGGCUACUUCCGCACCGCCUUCCUGUCGGGCGUGGCCUCGAGCGGCGGCGGCGGCGGUGGUGGUGGUGGUGGUGGUGGUGGUGCUGCUGGUGCUGCUAAUCUCGCGCCGGCGCUGGCGGUGUACGAGGACACGGUGGCGCACGAGGCGCGCGCGAGCUUUACGGCGUAUGAUGGAAGGCAGCCGGGGGAUCCGGUGCGGGGGGCGGCGAGGAUCUGGGAGUAUGUCGCUGGGGAGGGGCUGUUUGUGGGGAAGGGGAGGAGGUUGAGAUUGCCGUUGGGGAGUGAUACGGGGAGGGUGAUGCGGGAGGUGAGUGGGGAGUUGGCGGAGACGGUGAGGGAGUAUGAGGAGGUUUGGAGCAGCACGGAUUUUAAGGAGUGAAGGCUUCUGGAUAUGUGUUCAGAUACACCGGCGGUGACUUCACAGAGGAUUGCUGCCAUUGCUACUGACAAAG